UUAACGUUUUUCGAUAAGAGUUUGUACAAAUCGUUUUCGUUUUCUAAUUUUGUGACCUGUUUUUCCUUAAUCGAUAAAGUAGUUCCUCGUCGACUAUAUCAAUUAAAUCGAUCAAUAUCCUCCAUUUGGAAAUGUCUUUCAUCAGUGAAUUUUGUACAGAAUGCAUUAUCUAAGAUAAAUCUAAUACCAAAGAAAAAAUUUAACUUAUAUUUGUUACCAGAGCUGCUAGAUCUUCAGAAUAUAAAACUAACUUUUUUUUUUUGGGGAAGGAAGUGAUGGAGGUCAAAGAUGAACAAACCGAAUUGAAGAGAAAGCAUCCUCUAGCCAAAGCAGGGUUCUUUUCUAGGAUAUUUUUCUUGUACACUCUCAGUUCGUUGAAGCAUUCUUUUGAUCCGAAAAAACCAUAUCUUCCACUAAUAAAUGAUCGCAGUGAGCUCUUGGGGGAUCGAUUAGAAAGAUCAUGGAACGAACAGAUGAAAACGACGGGCAGGAAAAAGAAGAAGUUUGCAAUAUUCAAAAGCAUACUGGACGCUUUUUGGCGUGAAAUAGUAACGAUCGUUGUUAUAGCUACCAUCGAAGUAGUGUUAAGGAUAGCAGAACCAGUAUGCCUAGGAUUUUUACUGAGUUAUUUCCAACCUCACUCUACCAUGUCGAAGCAAGAAGUGAUUCUCUGGACUAUCGGAAUGUUGGCCGCUAAUGGUCUCAGAGUUAUCGCUUACGCUCAGCAGAGAUACCAAACAUUACAUACUUCCAUGAAAAUCAGGGUGUCAUGUAGCAAUUUGAUAUAUAGAAAGGUUCUCAGGCUGCGAAGCACAACCCUUCAGGAAGAUGGAGGUGGAAAGAUUGUGACCUUGAUUUCAAAUGAUCUCAGCAGGUUCGAUAUGAGGACAGAACUCAUCAAUUACGUCUAUACGGCGCCCAUUGUUGUAGUAGCAGUAACUAUCAUCGUAUACCAUCAGUUUGGUGUAUCUGGACUUGUUGGUGUUGCCUUCAUAUUUAUGAUAAGUCUGAUUCAAGCUUUCUUCGCCCACUAUGUCUCUUCUUUUCAACUUAUGACUUCCGUCCUCACUGAUGAGAGGAUGAGGUUGAUGCAUUCCCUUCUCACUGGGAUCCAAGUAAUGAAAAUGUAUGCUUGGGAAAAACCUUUCGCGAAAUUGAUCGAGAAAGUUAGGACGAAGGAACUGGAUAUCAUCGGUAGAUCUUUCUUGGUCAAAGCAGUUUAUGAAUCAGUUUAUACCUUCAUUGUUCCUAUCAGUAUCUUCCUUUCUCUGUACGUAGUUAUUGAGGAGCACCGACAAAUAACAGUAGUAAUGGUUUUCCUCUUACUAAUUUAUUAUACACUCCUCAACUACAUCAUCUCAAUUUUCUUCACGCUUGGUAUAGCCAAAAUGUUCGAACUAUGCAUUGUGUUAAGCAGAGUCAAUGACUUCCUCCUGGCUGAUGAACGUCAAAUUCAGGAUUCGGUAGAUUCAAAACAGACUGAUGAUGUAUUUAUCUUACUGGAGAGUGUCUCAGCUACUUGGGAUGAUGCCGCUGUUGAAGAAGAGGAGGAAUCUCUCAGCAGUUCCAAAGAUUUAUCAGAAAAGACCUCACUUCUGAAACAUCCUAAAAUCAAAAAAGGUAGAAAAGGAGUCAAAUCGAUAUAUUACAGUAACAUAGCUUGUUUGAACGGCUCAGAUUCACUUAGGGGAAUUUCCUUGAAAGUAGAAUCAAACCAAUUCAUCGGCAUCAUAGGCUCUGUUGGAAGUGGAAAAAGUUCAUUGCUGCAAGUCAUCUUAGGGGAGCUGCUGAUAUCCUCCGGGACCAAAAGAGUCAGCGGUAGAAUAUCAUACGCACCUCAAAUAGCUUGGACAUUCGCUUCUACCAUACGUCAAAAUAUCCUGUUUGGUCUGGAGUACAACGAGAUGAGAUAUAAGGAGGUUGUCAGAGUUUGUGGGUUGGAUCAAGACCUUAAGCGGUUUCCGAACGGUGAUUCUACUAUGGUCGGCGAUAGGGGAGCUUCCUUAAGCGGAGGUCAGAAAGCAAGGAUAAAUCUAGCACGAGCUAUAUACAGGGAUGCUGAUAUAUAUCUCCUCGAUGAUCCUCUGUCAGCUGUCGAUGUUCGAGUGGCCAAUCAUUUGUUUAACGAGUGCAUCAUGAGCUUCCUUGGCAAUAAGUGUAGAAUUUUGGUGACCCAUCAUGUGAGCCAGCUAAGAAAUGCUGAUAACAUUAUAUCGAUGAACAAUGGGAUCAUCGAGAAACAGGGAUCAUACGAGGAUAUGAUUAGGAGCGGUAUGAUACUUGAUGAUUUGGAUACUACGGAAGAGCCAAACAUUCAGAGAGAUACAUUCAGAGGCAACUUCUCUUUAUUCCGAAACAGUGAAGAAUCCCUCAAUGCUAGCAUAUCAACAACUAGUUCCAGCUCUAGUUUGGGAGAUUCUACAGAACUCGAAAAAACUUUAGAACCCCAAAAUCUCACGGAAAAAACCCAUGAAAUGAUGCAUAUCAGUAAAGAAAGGGGGCUGUUAUUCUUCAAGUAUAUCUUAGCAGGUGGAAAUGUUUUCAUGUUUAUAUGUACCAUCCUGCUUUUCGUUUUAAAUCAGGUGUUGAUCAGUGGAAUAAGUUUCUACCUAGGUGUUUGGACUACAAUUGAGGAGAUCAGGGACCAGUUCUCGUAUCUGGGUCCCGCAUUGUUACGUUUGUUGUUUGGUUUGCAUCUGAAGAUGUUCUAUGAAGAUUGGUUUGGUUACUUGGUUGUAGCCCUAUGUGUUGCAGCCAUUUUGAAAGCUUGUUCAUAUGCAAAGCUCGUUAAAUCGAAUUCCAAGAAGCUUCACGAUAAUUUGUUGGAAAAGGUAACAGAAACUAAUUUGCGAUUUUUCGAUAUCACCAGUAGUGGUAGGAUAUUGAAUAGAUUUUCAAGAGAUAUUGGUAUAAUAGAUGAACCUCUACCUAGGGCUAUCAUGGAGGGUGCUCAGAUUUUACUGAUGUCAAUAGGUUCCUUCGUACUAUUAAUACUAGUGGAUGUUGACUUCAUCAUUCCUACAGUUAUCUUGAAUAUAAUAUUCAUUGGGUUACUUAUGCUUUUCUCGAGGCUGACCAAGAAAAUCAAGAGAGUGGAGAGCAAAAUGGUUGGGCCCAUAUUAUCCCACAUUAAUAAUUCAGCUCAAGGAAUAACCACCAUCAAAGCCUUGUCUGCAGAAGGAGUUUUAACUAAGGAAUUCGAAAAUCACCAAGACAAUUAUACAAGCAGCUGGUUCCUCUAUGGCACCUCCUCUAUUGCUCUGUCGUUCUACAUAGACUUGUCAUGUUUUCUCUUUCUUUUAUAUAUAGCCUUCGUUCUAGUGUUCUAUGCUGAUAGUUUGAACAUAAGCGGUGGUUUUGUGGGUGUUGCCCUUACUCAAGCCAUGAGUUUGACAGGUGUUAUACAGUACGGUCUACGUCAAACUUUAGAAGCUAAUAACCAGUUGAUAGCCGUCGAGAGAGUUUCUCGAUACAACAACCUGGAAGGGGAAGAGGAACCAGAAUUCUUCGUUGAACCUUUACCUGGAUGGCCAGAAGAAGGAAAAAUAGUUUUCGACGAUGUUGGCCUGAGGUAUGACCCAGAAUUGCCGUUAGUCUUGAAGAAUCUCAAUCUUACCAUCCAGCCAAAAGAAAAAGUCGGUAUAGUAGGCCGAACAGGUGCUGGAAAGUCCUCAAUAAUGGCUGCCUUAUUCCGUCUCACAAACGUAGAAGGGAAGAUUGAAAUAGACGGCUUCGACACAAGAGAUAUCCCUCUCAAGCUCCUCAGGUCCAAGAUAUCAGUCAUUCCACAAGAUCCGAUACUCUUCGCUGGCACUUUGAGGUUCAAUCUAGAUCCUUUCUAUGAACACGAAGAUUCCACUUUGUAUAGAGCUAUACAUGCUGUGGAUUUGAAGGAUCCUUCUGGUCAGUUCUACAGUUUGGAUGAUCAGGUUAUGGAAAGAGGUUCGAAUUAUAGCGUUGGCCAGAGGCAACUGAUUUGCCUCGCUAGGGCACUCAUAAGAAACAAUAGGAUAUUGUUGAUGGAUGAAGCCACCGCCAAUGUAGACCCUGGAACUGACACGUUGAUACAGAAAACAAUCCGAAAGGAAUUCUCUGGAUGCACAGUGAUCACAGUUGCCCAUAGACUACACACAGUUAUGGAUUCUGACAGAGUUAUGGUUAUGGAUUCCGGGCAGAUAGUAGAAUUCGAUCAUCCCCAUCUGCUCCUGCAAAACCCCAAAGGAAGAUUUUUCAAUAUGGUCAUGGAAACGGGAUAUUUGGAGUCGGAGAGGCUCAAGAAGGCGGCUUUCGAAAGUUACAUAGGAUGGAAAAAGUGAAUCUAGAUAUUAAGAGUUUUGUAUUAGAAAUAGGUACAAAUGGUAUUGAAAAAUUUGAACAUUCCAGUUAUGUUUGAAUAUUGUUCGAUAUAGUUGAUGAUAUGAUCUCAACUAUAAAUAGUGUUAUCAUCUUGGUACGUUAUUUACAUUACGAUCUGCUUUUAUUACCGAUGUUGUGUCAGACAGAACUGAAGAUAAUGUAACUAAAAACGGAACAUUUUCAUUGUAUUGAUGUAUGGCACCUAUUUCAGGGCUUAAGAUUAAGUGAUUAAACAAUCAACAUACA